UGGACAGAUUCGAAAGAUAAAUUCUUUGUUAGUUUAAAACACUUGACAGCACCAAACACUUUCCCAAAACAGGUUACACGCUCGAAAAAAUACACAAACUUUGAGAAUGUUUCAAACGGAGUAUCAGAAGCGAUUGCUUCUUCGAUACACCGACAACAUCGCGGGCAGAGAAGAGUUCGACCUUCGCUGCAUUCCCAUGCGGGCGGGCAAUCAAUGGGAUCGAAACUAUUUUCUCUCUGAAGAAUUAAAGGCAGCUGAGCCCGAGGUCACAGACGAAUCCAAUAAUUCCAGUGAGUUGCCCAACAGCACACCCUAUGCCUGCAUGCUAAGAAACGAGUUCCUUGACACGGAGGUGACCUCCCUUGACCAGUGCAGGAAGAGCAAAAAGGUUCGAUCAGACAAUGGCGAUUUCAAAGAGCGUGAAAGCACCCGACUCUACAAAUUCAUGGAAAAGAAUUCGCCUACGUUACCUGCUUUGAGGUCUCCUUUCCAGAAUGUUAGCGGAGCCAGCCAGCGACUGCUCAGCAUUUCUAAGAGACCUAUUCGCAAGUUGUCGCGAUUACCGUACAAAAUACUCGACGCACCCGAGUUGCAGGAUGACUUCUAUUUGAACCUUAUUGACUGGUCCUCUGAGAACAUGCUGGCUGUGGGUUUGGGUUACUCGGUUUACCUCUGGAACGGUCAAAAUGGACAUGUGACCCGCCUUUGCGACUUUAGUAACGAAGAUAACUUGGUGACGGCUGUCAGGUGGCAUGGCGGCGGCCGUCAAGUGGCUAUUGGAACUCUCGGUGGCUAUGUUACCAUCUGGGACGCGCAACGUCAGAAAGAAUACACAAAACUGGAGGGACACGGAGCCAGAGUUACAGCGUUGGCGUGGUGUGGAAACGCUCUAUCAAGCGGAUCUCGCGAUCGCACCAUUCUGCAUCGGGACGUUCGUUUACCCUCUUCGGACAUUGUGCGUCGCCUCUGUGGACAUAAGCACGAGGUUUGCGGCCUGCAAUGGUCACCCACUUGGCAGUAUUUGGCUAGUGGGGGUAACGACAAACGAUUGCUGAUUUGGACGGCCCAUGGAGCCGAGCCCCUUUACACAUUCAGCGAACAUAAGGCAGUAGUAAAGGCUCUGGCUUGGUCGCCUCACAAAACCGGGCUACUGGCCAGUGGCGGAGGAUCUGCUGAUCGAUGUCUGCGCUUUUGGAACGUGCUCACCGGUCAGCUGGUGCAGAGAAUCGACACUGGAGCCCAGAUAAGCAAUCUAGCUUGGGCCCGUAACUCUGCAGAGCUGGUAACCACCCAUGGCUACGCCCAGCCUCAAGUUAUCGUUUGGCGGUAUCCCUCGCUUAAAAAAAUCGUCAAGCUUUCUGGUCAUACCCAUCGUGUUGUUUAUCUGGCUGUAAGCCCAGAUAAUGAGACGAUAGUCACCGGCGGUGCCGACGAAACACUACGCUUUUGGAGUGUUUUUACAAAACGACAAGCGCCCAAGAUGCCAACUUCAGUGCUAAGCUUGAACCGGAAUAUCCGAUAAGGGGGACAAAAAUUCUGGCAUAACCAUCAUCAAAAAUUUAUAUUUUUUAAUUAAAGUUGAUGUUUAAAAUAAUAUAUAUUU